GCCUGUGUCGCUAGUUGCUCGUCUCUUUAUUUUCUCGCACACACUCAUAUUAAUUUGUCCAACUAGCUGUUAACCUGAGAAGUGUAUUGAAAGUGUAGAUAGCCCGCUGUCCACUGCUCCCUCAACUCGUGUCAGAAACUAGUACAACUGAAACCUGCUAGUCAUUAAUAGGUGGCACUAUGCCCGCAGCUACUGUGGAUCACAGCCAAAGAAUAUGUGAGGUUUGGGCCAACAAUCUGGAGGAGGAGCUGAAAAGGAUCAGACAUGUCAUCAGAAAAUACAACUACAUUGCAAUGGACACAGAGUUCCCAGGUGUUGUAGCCAGGCCGAUUGGUGAGUUCAGAAGCAACGCUGACUAUCAGUACCAGUUACUGCGCUGCAAUGUGGAUUUGCUCAAGAUAAUACAGCUGGGCCUCACAUUUAUGAAUGAGCAAGGAGAAUACCCUCCAGGGACAUCGACAUGGCAGUUCAAUUUUAAGUUUAACCUCACAGAAGAUAUGUAUGCACAGGACUCCAUUGAGCUCCUGACCACUUCAGGGAUUCAGUUCAAGAAACACGAGGACGAAGGCAUUGAGACACUUUACUUUGCAGAGUUGCUGAUGACAUCUGGAGUGGUGCUCUGUGACGGAGUCAAGUGGCUUUCUUUUCACAGCGGUUAUGAUUUUGGAUAUCUGAUCAAGAUUCUGUCCAAUGCCAACCUGCCUGAGGAGGAAGUGGACUUCUUUGAGAUUCUCCGCUUGUACUUUCCAGUCAUUUACGAUGUCAAGUACCUCAUGAAGAGCUGUAAAAACCUGAAGGGUGGGCUGCAGGAAGUAGCUGAGCAACUGGAGCUGGAGAGGAUUGGACCACAGCAUCAGGCCGGCUCUGACUCUUUACUCACAGGCAUGGCUUUCUUCAAAAUGAGAGAGAUGUUCUUUGAGGAUCACAUCGAUGAUGCAAAGUACUGUGGCCACUUGUACGGGCUCGGCUCGGGCUCCGCCUACGUCCAGAACGGAACAGGAAACGCUUACGAAGAGGAGGCUAACAAGCAGCAGUCGUGACAUCACUCCGAAACUCUCUCCCAUCCCACAGCUCACAUCCAUAUCAGCGAGGCCAAGCUCCAGCAUCCGGAUGACAAGAUAACAGAAGAACAAAAAGCAUCUUGCAUCUGCAUCACUUAGCAAUUUGUUUCUUAUAGGCUUUCCUCACUUUAGACAAGUAAACAUGAUGGUCAGAAGAAUCCUAACUGUCCUCACCCAUGCUGCAGCUGCAUGUGUGAGAGUUUAUUGUUUUAUUCCUACGAGGCAGCAUAGACCGUGUGGUUGGUUCAGUUCAAUUUAACAUGCUUGAAAAGAUGGGAUUUUAGUUCUAAAAGUGUUCUGUAGAAAUGUUUUGCACUUUAAAAGCUCUAACCUGAUUUUAUAUGGAAAGCUGAAGACAUUUUCUAGUGUCCGUCUCCUCUUUGUUGCCUUCUGUGCUCCCAUUUUACAUUGUGAACAUGUGAAUCGUUGCCAUCACAUCUGAAGUUCUCACCACACUCAGCCUUAAUAGUAGCUGCAUUCUUCUCUUUUUAAUUUUUAAUUUAUUGUGCCGGUUAUGUGACAUUGAGUCAUCGCCCCAAAGUUCCUGACAGCUGUCUCUGGUUGUGUUUACCUGCACUUGAAUCUUUAAGAUUUUGCUCAUUUGUUCCUCUGAAGAGAAUGUUUGUAACCACCUGAAUAAGCUGUCAUUUCACUGUGAAAACCACCAAUGCAUUCUGAAUCUAGAACGGGAUGCAGAAAUCAAGCAAACACUAAUUCUCUACUACCAGUUGCUUUUGUCCUUUCAGCAUUUGAUUAUACUCAGAUAAGUAGCACACGAGGAUAUAAGUUGUAUGUAUCCAGAUGCAUACAAAUAGCUUUCAUUGGAGGAAUGUGGACUGUCUGUGUAAACACCCUCAACUCGAGCAAACAUGGACCGAUGCAUCAGCUUCACUUGGCAAAUCAGCCAGUGACUUACCAGCUGAGGUUACCCCUAAACUACUCUGUUGAGAGUAGAUUUUUGUUUUAAUUUAAGUGAAGGUUUUGUAAAGUUUUAGUGUAAUAAAAGAGGGAAAGUAAAAAUUGCUCCUUGGAGCAAUAACAUUGCUCAUUAACACUCCCCCCCCCCCCCCCAGUUAGAUGGUUUUGCUUUAGAAAGGACCCUUAUAUGUUUUUUUUUUUAAUCUUCAUGCUGUGUUGAGUAGCAUCCUGAACUUGCAUAGGUGUGUGUUGAAGUGUAGGUUGCCAUCUUGAAUUAACCCUCCCUCAAACACUCGAGACAUUUUCUUUCUGCAGCUCAUCUCCCACACCGUAAAGGAGUAAAACGAAUAUGCAAUAUAAGAGAGGAAUGUUUUUAGAUUUCUUUUGUAAAUAAAGGCUUGAAAUUUUUCUACCAUGAAA